CGCCAAAUACCAUUAGCACUGUCAACACUCCCUUUCUCUUUCGUUCGAUGUGGACUAGAUGUAUGCGCUCAGCCGCGCCAUGUUUGCUCUUUCCUUAUUCACCUCGCUUACCACACGCCACUACCUGUUAUAGCCACCUUAGCAAGACACUCACUCAUCUCUUCCCUACUUUCGAAAUCUUUCUCCGCACUACACCACUCUCACUUGCUUCAUGUUGCCAACAUGCAACUACUCGAUCUGCCACUGGAGCUCUUUAAGAGGGUUGUCACCGCCCUUGCGCGCGUAGCGCCCUUCCAUGAGCUGGUCCGACUGCGCGCCGUGUGCCGGGCGUUUGCCGGCGACAUCGACAACGAGCUUCUUGCGAACACGUCUGUUGCAGACUUCCAUAGUCGCACUCAUCAACAUCAGUCAACGCCAUGGAGACAAGAUAUCCGAGCCGCUAUACUCCAUACGCUGUUACCCCUAGGUACAUUGGGAUUUGGCAAAGAUGAUGAUUCCAACUCGCUGAGUGCGCUCUCACCUCACAUCAAGGGCUAUCUUCUGAGCAACAUCAAGACCUAUCUGCUCAAUCACAUCGAAGACCGAGAAACAAUCGUCUCUGGACUGCCGAGUUUCAUAAACAAGGUCAACAACAAGCUUUUAGAGUUCCCUACUGUAAAUAGAAAUCGUUCCGUUCUACGGAAAAGCUAUCUAAACGCACUCAUCCGGAGUCUGGUCCUUACAAACAAAGUCGCCCCACGUACCAUGUUUGAUGUGAAUCCUGUGACGUUGGACUCUGUCUUUGUAGCAAUCUUCAGACAGGGGUCGCAUAGUAUAGCGGAAAGAGAAUGGGAUCAUCUCAACUCUGUACAAGAGAACGUCAAUGGCAUCCUGUCGGCAGCAGCCGCAGUAGGCAGCCUUGAAGCUACUCGUCACUACAUUUCGCAAUCUGCUGAGAUCAUUGACUGGUUUCCCAUAUACUUUGCUGGCUUUGGCAACCCUAUAACCGCGGCAGUCUGCAGUGGAAAUAUGAAAGUUCUUGAGUUUCUGCUCAUAGAAGUCAACAAUGAGCUCACGAAGCGGCGUUUCGCUCGGAUACAGCACGGUCGUACCACCUGUUGCGGUCCACUCACAGAGACUAUCACUUCCGCAAUAAAAUUUGCAGUUCGGACCGGACAACUGAAGGCCGUCGUCACACUCUUCAAUUUCCUGCCAAGAUGCCGCGUUGAAAUACCGACGCAUAUGAAGUCCCCGUCACAGUACCUUGCCGAUGCCAUGAGGUGGGGACAGGUGGACAUAUUCACAUGGCUCAUGGACCAAUGGAAUCCCGUAACCACCGAACUGCCCUAUUGGAACGUUCUGACUGCAGGCUUACGCCUUGCGGUCAAAUAUGGUCAUACCAAUAUCGUGCGAUACAUCUUCGACAAAGGAUUGAUGUAUCCACAUGAUGCGGAUGUCAACACUGUGCUAAUCGCUGCGACACACGGUCAUCGCGCGAUCAUACAACUAGCUCUCGAUCGCGGCGUUGAGCUUACGAUGCAGGACCUCAUCGCGGCACUGAACGGAUCACUUCCAUUGCUCAUAACCCAAUACUUUUUGCUUCACAACGUUCUACUCAAGUCCGUGACCAAAGAGGAAGGCGGAAGAACCAUCACUACUUCCAUAGUUCCUAUAGUUGAAGCGAUCUGUCAAGAAUCCAUCAACAUUUCUUUUGGCGAUUACAACGCGGUUCAGGGUAAGGAAAAGGUUCUGGCGCUCAUACUCCUGGCCUUCGAGAUGAGACGACAGAUUCCAGAGCUUACGUUGGACAACUGUGUUGAGCUCAAGAAGGUGUUUGAUAGACUAGUCAAGGUAUGCCUGAUCUUGCCCAAGGGUUCAGUUCCCUAUCUCGAGAUGGCUGAAGAUGUGCACAGCUGGAUGGAGUGGCGAGACGGACGAGAAUGGGAGAAAUGUGAGGUGUAGUGCAGAAGCAUACGAGAGGCGCACCUCAGACAAGGAAAACCCUGAACAGGUCCGCAGGACUACACUAUUUCAAGACAAGCAAAUUGGAAGAUCCGGCGACAAUGUAGGCUCCAGAGUAUUCAGUGCUUUCCUUGUAUGACGUGGGUAUACUGAGG